UGACGUCAUCGAUACUGAGCGGGACAGAUGAGMUCUGAAAGCACAGCUGAAAGUUGGGCAUUAAACUUCCUCAGAUUUCUGCACUUUGUCUCGUAGAUAAUGGCCCAUCAAAUCGAAGAGGAUUUACCGCCUAGUUUAGCAUGUUUGAAAAAUGUCGACGCUCUGCUUCGGUGUCCGAUUUGCUUCGACUUCCUCAACAUCACAAUGAUGACUAAAUGCUCACACAAUUUUUGUUCAUUGUGCAUCAGAAAGUUUCUUUCCUAUAAGCUGCAAUGUCCAGUCUGCAAUACACAAAUGACAGAACAAGACCUAAGAAACAACCGCUUGUUGGAUGACCUGGUUACAAACUUUCAAACUGCAAGACAACAGUUGUCAAAAAUAAAUUUUGAGUCUCCUCCAAUAUCACCAAAGACCCCAGCUUCUACUGUCAAACGUAAAACCUCUAGAGAGAGGGGCCAGAAAUCAAGCAGCACUAUUCUAAGCAACUUUUUCCAAAAGAAGCAUAAAACGUCUCCCAUUAAAGAAGAUCAGCAAGUUGUCCGGCAGGGGGGAGUACAGAACAUACAAACUCACAACCCAAAUGACUCUGACCUACAUUCAGGAAAAUCUCAUGUUUCGUUGGUGAUGAAGGAAGAACCCAUUGAUGUGGAGGACAUGUCUACGAUGGGUUUGACGUCAGUGAAACUGGAGGACACGGCUUCACACAGUCGAAGCCUUGGAUUUGAGAUGGCACAUUCCUCGUCACUGUCAACAGAUGUGAAGCCCAUAAUCAAAGUUGAGUGCCCUGUGUGUUCUGUGAGUGUGGCACAGCAUUUUAUCAACAAGCAUCUCGACAUGUGUCUUAGCAGUGAGGAGAAGAAGGACAGCCUGAGGAGCUCUCAGAAUAAGAGCAGGCGUCCGAUGCCAAAGCUGGUCUACAAUCUGAUGUCAGGUCAGGAGCUGAAGAGGAGGUUGAAAGAAUGCCAUCUGCCGGUGCAGGGUUCUCGGGAUCAGCAGAUCAAACGGCUCCAGGAUUAUAUCUAUUUGUACAACUCUGAGUGUGAUUCUCUGAAUCCUAAAUCAGCUGAAGAGAUCGCUAAAGAAGUGGAGGCCAAUGAGAAGAUUAGAAAUCAGCUGCAGGGGAAAACAAAACCUGCCAUGGUUUUCACCAAGCAUCAUUCUGAGAAAGAGAUUGAGGACAUGCAUUCAAAUUAUAGGAAGCAGCACAGCAGUGACUUUUCCCGGCUGAUUGCACAGGUCAAAGGUCGCAUGGAGAGCACAAGACCGGUUUGUGCUAAACUGGGAGUUAUAGAGGAGAAGAAGAAUGUUGAGAAGUCAGAUGCUGCAGUACAACCUGCAGAAACCAAAAGCUCCAUUGUGAUAAAGGUGGAAAAUGGAGAGGAUGACGAAGAUCAAUCUGUAAGAUCAUCCAGCCCUGCUUUAAGUGACGUCUCCAUCAGCAGUUCUAUUUCAGAUAUUUUUGGGCCAGAGUCUUCCAUAAACAUUGAAGCCACAGGAAAGACCUCAGCCCUAAAGCGAGCAGCCAGCUCCAGAGGAAGUGAUGACAACACGUUACCUGUUGAGGGGAAGCGGCAGCGGAAGACGUGAGGAGAAUAACUGAGAGAGGACCGCCGUUCACAUGACGGAUCAGUUCAACACGUCUGAUGUUUUUUUCUGUUUUGUAUUUUGAAAUUGCACCAUUUACAUUUUACUACAAAAACAUUUUACAUCUAUGGUAUUUUGUCAUCUUGUGAUCGGUAGAAGCUGAGUUAAGUAUUACGUUACUCUAGUGUUUUAGAAUGUAGUUUUUAGACCUGGAAAAACUGAAUCAAAUUUUGUAAAUAAAUAGACCAAAGCUAAUGUAAAAAUGAGAUUCUAUAUACAUCUGCAUUCAGUUUAUCUUCAAAUGCAAUUUCACAUUCUUGGUAUCUUUUAUUUUCUAUUGAAUUCAUUCUCUGUAGCUCUUCUUUUUUUCUCACUUCUUUUUUUUCCCUCCCCCAAUAUGAAAUUCACUCUAAACUGAAAUAAACUGAGGACUUUGCCAAAAGCA